AUCGAUCGUUGAGAUUACCGAGAGAAGAUUUUUGAGUUUUGAGAUUUCAGAUCCAAUUUUUGACCAUGGAUUCUGAGGGAGUGUCACUGCCGUUGAUCCACAAGCAUCAUAUGUUGCCUUGGAAUGAUAUGAGGAAAGGUGAUUGUUGUAGACGUUUUGAAGCUAUCAGUGAUGGCUACUAUUGCAAAACCUGCGAUUUUUUCGUCCACAAGAGCUGUGGCGAUAGGUCCUCCGAAUAUAUCGAGCAUCCAUCUCACCCAAGUCACGCUCUUCAGCUUCUACGUAAACCAGGUCAUACACGUAACUGUAACUUAUGUGGCAUCUCUAUCAAGAGUCUAUUCUAUAAUUGUGAGAUCUGUAACUUCAACGUGCAUAUGUAUUGUGCCAAGUAUCCACCACCACAAGUUAUUGACAUUUCCGAGACGCAUCACCACAAGCUCAACCUUUACAAGAAGCCGAAUUAUAUCGACUGUGGGGAUAAAUGUGGGAAACUUUCUUAUGAGUUUUCUUACAAAUGUCAAGAAUGUGAUUUAGCAUUCCAUGUUGAUUGCGCAUGGCGCCCAUCAGAGUCAAAUCUCCCGUUAGAGGUAAACCAUUUUUACCACUCCUUACACCCUCUUAAGCUCGUAAGAGGUAAAUUACCGGACUAUUCUGACAGAAAAUGUCGUCUUUGCGGAAGAUAUAUUGGUGAUAGAUUGUUUUAUCACUGUUCUUCGUGUAACUUCACCUUGGAUAUGCGAUGUGUUUUAAAUCCACCACAACAAUCUCUUCUGAAUUUGAAAGCUCAUGACCACCAACUCACCCUUCUCCCAAGGCUCGAUUCUUUCACAUGUAAUGCUUGUGGGCUGAAGGGAGAUCGAAGCCCUUAUGUAUGUUUUCAAUGUGGUUUUAUGAUUCAUCAAGACUGUCUUGACCUUCCACGCGUUAUAAACAUUAAUCGGCAUGAUCACCGUGUUUCUCGAACAUCUGUUCUUGGUGUUGUCAAGUCUGUAUGUGGAGUUUGUCACCAGAAGGUGGAUUGGACUUGUGGAGGCUUUUCUUGUCAGAGGUGUCAUGGCUAUGUCGUUCAUUCUAAAUGUGCUACUAGAAAAGAUGUGUGGAAUGGGAAAGAGCUUGAAGGAGUACCCGAAGAAACAGAAGAUAUACAACCAUAUGUGGUAAUAGAUGAAAACACAAUACAACAUUUCAGCCACAAAGAGCAUUACCUACGACUCCAUGUUAAUGGUGUUCUUUGUGACGACAACAAGUGGUGCAGUGCAUGCACCCAUCCCAUCUGUCUCCAGUCCUUUUACGGCUGUAUGGAUUGUGACUUCAUUCUCCACCAAAACUGCGCUGGAUUUCGUAGAAUGAAAUGGCAUGUGCUACACAAUGAACGUCUUACUCUUGUUAUAAACGAAGCUGAACCCUUUAGGUGUUAUGCUUGUGAUAGAUGGUCCAAUGGUUUCAGAUACCAUCAAGGAAACAUCACAUUCGAUGUUCGGUGCGGUUCAAUUGCUGAGCCAUUUCUUCAUCCGAGUCAUCCCGAUCAUCCCUUAUAUCACACUUUACCAGAUGGAGGGAUUAAGAUUUGCAAUGGCUGCAAAAAUGGUUUCUAUGAUGUGCUAGGAUGCAUUGAAGAUGAUUGCAGAUUUGCCAUAUGCUUCAAAUGCGCAACUUUUCCACAAGUGGUAAAGCAUAGAGUUGACGACCAUCCUCUCUCACUAUGCUAUGGCGAAAAGGCUAGUGGUAAAUAUUGGUGUGAUAUUUGUGAAAAAGAAACCAAUCCAGAGAUAUGGUUCUACACGUGUAAAGACUACCAGGCUAGUUUGCAUAUAGAGUGUGUGGUCGGAGCCCUUUCAUUGCUCAUGCCAAGAAGCACAAUAAACCCUUGGGAAAAAUCAUAUGAGGUGGUGCUCAAUAAUAGUGCAUCUCGUCCAUUUUGCAGCUAUUGUGAGUUGCGUUGCAUUUUUCCUAUCAUCUUGAAGAGACUUGGAUCCUCCGAUAACUACGUUUGCUCUUACUUUUGCGCUUUGUUUUGCAUCUGAAUCUAGAUGUCUAGCGAGUGCAGGUUUCUUUUAGAUUUCUUGUACCAUUUAUCUAAGAAUCUUGCAAUUUUAAUUGGAUAUGAUCGAUCUGUUUCUAACGUGUUAUGCCUUUCGUUUUCUACAAA